AUGGCCAUUGCCCCCAUCACCGGAAAGCUCAGAAAGCGUUUGUGGCUCGAUGUUGGCUGCGCAUUCGGCCUCGGUGUCUCUGCCGCAUAUGCCUAUUGGUAUGGAUACCACUUGAAAGCUCUGGAACACCAGGAGCAAUUCUACGUCAAACUCGAGCGGGAGAGGGCAGCUGCUAGGCAAUAG